CUACUCACCAAAAGACUUACAAUUCCAAAUAUUCUCUCUAUCUUUUUUUUCCCCUAAAAUACCCCUCUCCAUGCCUAAACUUUUUUUCUUCAUUUUCCAUAGCAAAAAUGGAAUUUGAUAGUCCCAAAAAGAACAAAAAACUCAGAAAAUAUGAUUUUCUGAGUUGUUUUGGAUUUUCAAAUACUGAAACAGAAUUACUAUCUGUUAAUAAAUCAGUCAAGAAAAAAAAUAAGUCAAAAUUGUUGUCUUUUUCUAAAAUUUUACGGAAGAACUCGUCGGCGGCGAAAACUAUUCCGGUGGACAUUUCCGAUAAGUUUGAUAACCGGAGUAAAGAAAUUCAUGAGGUCAAGUCGGAGAAAGCUAAAACUCCGGCGAUCGCCGGCGACGUGACUCAGGCGCCGGCGGUUAAAAGUCAAAAUCAAACAAAUAUACGUGAGAAGGAUAUAAAAAAGACAAAGGACCAUAAAACAAAGGACAUCAUUCACAAAAACAACAAAAGUUUGGAUAAAUUUUUAGACAAGGUACGUGACAAUUCAACGUGUCGAAAUGAAUUUUCAAGAAGUGUUACAAUUUCUAGUACACAUAAUUCGAAUCAUCUUAUAAAAAAUCCAACAAAAGACAAACAUGAGAUCAAAUUUUCCCACUCAAAAUCUCUUCCGCCACCAAAACGGAAGAAUCCGGUCACCGGAAAAAAAGUCAACAACGAUGAAAAAUCAAGUCAACGACGAGAACGCGUACUAAGUCAUGACAAUUUUGACUCAAUUAUGGGAAUGUCUAUUCUAAUGGUGACCCUAUUGAUAAUGUUGUUUUGGGGCAAGGCCUGUGCCAUUGUUUGUACGUGUGCAUGGUUUUAUUUUCUCCCUCGAUUUCGAACCAAAAAUGAAGCGGUGAUCGCCGGAAAAAUUGAUGGGGUCGCCGGAGACGUUGAUCUGAACUCGGCGGAGUACAAGAAGAAGGUGGUGUUGGAAGGAUUUUUGGAGAGAAAUCAUAGGAGUGGUGUUGGAUUUUUGUAGGUAUUUUUGCUAAUGAAUU